AUGUCAGCUAGCGAAUCUUGCACACGUUUGACAGAAGCUCAUUCAAAAUCAUUAUUGAAUAAUCAUGAUACAUUUUUAUUCGAUUGUGACGGUGUCCUUUGGAAUUUUCCAGAAAUCUUUCCCGGUGCUGUUGAAUUGCUGAAUUAUCUGACCGAACACGGCAAACAACUGUUUUUCGUUACAAAUAAUUCAACUAAAACGCAAGAUGACUAUGCAAAGCGUUUCAAUGACAUUGGAUAUAAAGCCAAGCCUGAGCAAAUUAUUUGCACGGCAUGGCUUACGGCGCAGCAUUUGAAGUCUAUUGACUUUAAGGGAAGAUGCUAUGUGUUAGGAAUGCAUUCUAUGGCACAUGAAUUGGAACGAGAAGGUUUUGAAAUCUGUGGUGGUAUCGGACCUGACCCAUUAGCUUCGGAUGCGACUGCAAUCAAAACAGACAAACUGAACUUAGAUCCGAAUGUCAAUUGCGUCAUAUCUGCUCUUGAUCUUCACGUUAGCUACAUUAAAAUUCUCAAAGCAGCCACUUAUCUCAACCGCCCAAAUGUUCUCUUUUUGGCAACGAACGACGAUGCUAGUCUUCCUCAAAGUGAUGAAGUCAUCAUGCCGGGUGCAGGAACAAUCUUAGCUUCUGUUGCAACCGCAGCGUGCCGUUCGCCGACUAUACUUGGUAAACCGCAUGCACCUAUGUUUGAUGCCAUUCGUUCGGUCUUUCCAAAUGUUGAUCCCAAACGAACAGUUAUGAUUGGUGAUCGGGUUGAAACCGAUAUCGCUUUUGGUAAUCGACAAGGUACAACAACAUUACUUGUCUUUAGCGGAGCAACAAGCGAGAAAUAUUUGGAUAGCCUUAAACAAGGUGAUGAACGAGAUCUUUUACCUAGUUUUUGCGUGAAAGAUGUUCAGCAAUUUUUAAACUUUCUCAAAUCAAACUAA